AUGUCUGAAAUCAUCGGACUCACCUCUGCCAAAGACAUUUGUCUUGCUCUCGAAGCUGCUUACAACAAUUGUUCAGUGGAGCGUGUUUACACUCUUCAAGACACCCUCCGACAGAUGCAAAAAGGAUCCUCCACUAUUACCGAAUAUGGUCGCAAGUUUAAAUCUUUCUGUGACCAACUUGCCGCCAUCGGCCACCCACCAUCCGAGAAUGACAAAUUUCACUGGUUCCUUCGGGGCCUAGGAAAUGAAUUUCAAAACUUCGCCACAGUCCACCGUGCACUCUCCGGUACAAGUGUCUUUGGUGAUCUCCUUGCCAAAGCCGAGAAUCAUGAGUUAUUUGUUCAAACCAUGAAUGUUUCUUCCACACCACCACCAGCCUUCACGGCCCAAUCCGUCAAAUCUGGUAACUCAUCUCGUAACUUUCAAUCCUCCUAUUCUACUAACCGUGGUCGCUCUCGUGGCAUGGGAUGUGGUCGUGUUCGACAUCCACCCCACUGCCAAUUAUGCAGGAAGGAUGGGCAUUAUGCAAACAUGUGUCCAAUUCUUUCCACCUUUGCACAACGUGCACCCACCCUUGAUGCCAAUCUUGCAUAA